GAGGAGCGCGGGGGGCGGGGGCGGGGGCGGGGCGGGAGCCGGGAGGGAGCCCCGCGGGAGAGGAGGCUGCGCCCCCGCGCGCCCCGUGCCCCCCGCCCGCCCGGAGCUGCCGCCUGCGCUGCGCGGCCGAGCGAUCGCCGUCGGGGCUGGCGGGCGGGCCGGGCGCGGCGCGGCGCGGCGCGGGGAGAGCGAGCGAUCGAGCGAGCGCGCCCACCCGCCGUCCCUUCCCUGCAUGGGAGCGGGGGCGUCCCGGCCGCAGCCGGCGGAGCGGGCAGGAGCGGGGGCCGCGCGGUGCUCCGGGGAGAGCGCGAGCAGACGCCGCCGCCGGCCCUGUAGGCUGAGCCCAUCACAGCGAUGGCCGCGGCCUUGCCCAGGACCCUGGGAGAGCUGCAGCUGUACAGGAUACUGCAGAAAGCCAACCUGCUCUCCUACUUCGAUGCCUUUAUCCAGCAAGGUGGCGAUGACGUCCAGCAGCUCUGCGAGGCCGGAGAAGAGGAAUUCUUGGAAAUCAUGGCCCUGGUGGGCAUGGCGAGCAAGCCCCUGCACGUCCGGAGGCUGCAGAAGGCUCUGAGAGACUGGGUCACAAACCCCGGCCUUUUCAACCAGCCCCUGACUUCCCUGCCCGUCAGCAGCAUCCCCAUCUACAAGCUCCCCGAGGGCGCCCCCGCCUGGCUGGGCAUGGCCCCCCGGGAGCCCCCGCCGAAGCCCCCCAAGUGCGGGAGCGCCUCCUGCGCGCAGAGCCCGGGCCUCGGGAGCUUGGUCCUGCCGGGAGCGGGAGCGGGAGCGGGAGCCGGAGCGGGAGCGGGAGCGGGAGCGGGCGAGGCCAGACUGUGGCCGGGCCUCCAGGAGCGGGAGCGGGAGCGGGAGCGGGAGCGCGAGCACAGCCUGUCCCCCGCCGACCCGGACCCGGGCUCCCCCGCGUCGUCGCCCAGGGACAGCGGCGAGGCCCUGGACGCGGCGGCCGCCCUGUCGGUGGCCGAGUGCGUGGAGCGCAUGGCCGCCACGCUGCCCAGGGGCGGCGCGGGCGAGGCGCGGGAGCUGCUGCGGGCCAACAAGAAGCUGGCCAGGAUGGUCGGGCACAUCUUCGACAUGGACGACGGCGACCCGCACAAGGAGGAGGAGAUCCGCAAAUACAGCGCCAUUUACGGCCGCUUCGACUCCAAGAGGAAGGACGGCAAGCACCUCACGCUGCACGAGCUCACUGUCAACGAGGCAGCUGCUCAACUCUGUGUGAAAGACAAUGCGCUGCUGACCAGACGAGAUGAACUUUUCGCCUUGGCUAGACAGAUUUCUCGAGAAGUCACCUACAAAUACACCUACAGAACCACAAAAUCCAAAUGUGGAGAAAGAGAUGAGUUAUCCCCAAAAAGGAUUAAAGUGGAGGAUGGAUUUCCAGAUUUCCAAGACUCCGUGCAAACACUCUUCCAGCAGGCUAAGGCAAAAAGUGAAGAGCUUGCUGCUCUGAGCUCACAGCAGCCAGAAAAGGCGAUGGCAAAGCAGAUGGAGUUCCUUUGCACCCCAGCUGGCUAUGAGAGACUGCAGCACGCAGAAAGAAGGCUCUCCGUGGGAAUCUACCGGCAGAGCUCUGAGGAGCACAAUCCCAACGGCUUGGCGUCUGAUGCUGCUGAUGGGCCAGGAGAAAGGCCUUUGAAUCUCCGAAUACCUGCUGUCCAGAGCAGACAACCUCACCACUUUGUGGUGGAUGCUGAGCUGAGCAAAGCGUAUUCCAGUGAGGCAAAGUCCCACUCCUCAGUAAGAAAAUUGUGUCUACACAGAUCCAAACAUUUCAGUCACGUUCAUUUUGGAGAGCCUCGGAAUUUUGAAAGACUACCCACAUUCAGCUUUUACUUUAGAAAAAAAAGUCAUCAAAACGGAGCCUGAGGAUUCAAGAUAGCUGUGGCUCUCCUGCUGCUCUCCCCGGGAAUGGCAUCAAAUUGAAGAAUAAUGCUCCAUCGUAGAAAAAGCCUUAAUAACCGAUGUUGCCUCCUUCAGCUCACACAGAUUUCAUAGCCAAAGCAUGACUGAUACAAUAGUCUGAAAACCAGGAAUUCACAACAGCAGCCAUCCAAGAGCAGAGACUGCUGUAAUCUGGAACCGAAAUACUGAUAGCUUCACAUUCCUGUAUAACUCGUUCUAUGUGGAAAGGCUUACAAGUUAAUAUUGUAAGCAUUCAUUAUUUAAGAAUGUACAAUGUGUUUUUGUGUAAUUUAUAGAAGUAAAAUCUAGAUGUUAGACCUGCUUGGUCUGACAGAUGUGGAUACAGUUUAUUUUACUUGAAAUUUCAUUGUCUACUUUAAGUGUAUUUGGGAAAAAUAUUGUAUGUCAGAGUUUAAAAACCUUUGCAGUCAUAGUCAAGAAAGUUCCAUGUAUUUUUAGCUAGGUGGCAAUGACUUUGGAAAAAUGAAAAGCAAAUACUCAAUGCCAACCAAUUGAAGUAUUACAGAUUUAAUGUUUGAUAAAGCUGAUGUUCUUUAAUCAGAAUUCUGUCAUUCUCAGUAAUAUUUUUCCUGACUUAGUGAACAUUUAUACAAUUAGGAAGCUCUUCCUAUACAAUUAGGAAGAUGGGCAGUAGAGUAGGAAAUCUCUUGUUAGACGCAUGUUGCACUGGUAGCUGGUUAAAACGAAGCAAUGCAAGGAAGCUGUCGGACAGAGAACUUGAGACAAGUAGGUGGGUGUAUAGAAGGCUUGGCGUAAAAAAUGCUGUUUCAGAAUGUGAUAAGCAGAUCAAGACCUAGCAAGCUGGUCUUAAAUGUGAUGAGAAUGGCAGACUGCACAGUACAGUGCACUGCGCACCAUUUUAUGUCCAGAAACUGAACCACAGUCACAGAAGCUAAAUGAUUCUCUCUGGGAAAUAGCUUCCCACCCAGGUUUUUCCCAGUUUUACCCAGUUUUUCCCAGGUGUGAACGAUCACUACAUCCACAUGUGCAGACCUGAGUCUUGGGAGGUUUACUUGACACCAUAUCAUUGUUUUGCAUUUUAAAUUUUGUACGACUUUCAGAUUUGUGAAUGUUUUUCUUUUCUUCUUUCUUGAAAUCAUUUUAAUUUGAAAGUAUGCUUUGAGUUCCUCUUAUUUAAUUAAUAGCUUGUGCUCAUAUGUUCGGGGAAACUUAAAUGUUAGUAAUGUACUAAUGAAAUGAGAAUUCCACGUUGGAAGCCACAAUUUAAAAGAGAAAAACAUAACAACUUCUCCCAAUAGACAUUUUUCCCCCGUUGGUUUAAGAGAGGGGGAGUAUAUUUGACAGUUUUACCUACUUCCUUCAAAUUCAUCUCGGCCCAGAUAGUACUGAGAACAAUGUCUGACUUAGAAAAUGUGUUGUUUUAUUUUUAGUUCUGCUCUAGGUCAUAACCAUUUAAAAAAUAUUAAGUCGAAUCUGUGAGACUAAAAUUCAUCAACCCAGUUUUAGGUGAAAUGUCUACACUGUAGUCUCUGACCAUUGUUACCCACAUAAUGACUUUUCAUUGUGAUUUGUAGAAUAGCUAUCCAGUAGAAACGCCAGUAAACAACUUUUAUACAACUAAAAGGCUUUAUUUUCCCUUCGUAAUGUUUUCGUUAGCGUUUUGCCCACUGAAGAAACUUUUAUGGACCUUGCAACUUAGUUGCACAUUUGAGGUUGAUUAUUGUGGUUGUGUCCUGUGUAGAGAUAGUAUGAGAAUGAAUUAAAUAUUGCUCAGUUUUUAAUAUUAGCCAUAGAACUGGUUAGUAUCUCAGUAGUUUCAUGAAACGUUUCUUGUAUUCUAAUCUAUUUUAAGAAAUUUUGUGGGGUUUUUUUUUUUUCAAUUGUGUCUUAUAGUUGAAGUUUGUAGAUUUUAAUAGCAAUUUUUAAAGGUGUGGUAAUCUUCCAAACUAAUACUGAUCCAUCUUACUUGGUCCUACAUACAGCGUCUUGAAAUUUAUAAAUAAGUUUCUGGAAGUACCAUACUGUAUCUCUGUUCUUUCAAGCUUAGUGACAAGAGGGCAGCGCAAGAAAAAUUUCUGUAAAUUACAGUUUUUAUUUUGUAAACACUAAGGUAUUAAACUUGCUAUAUACAUUGAAGCAAAUAAUAUAUAUUUUUAUUUGAAUUGUAUAUAUGAAUUGGAUGUUAUAACUAGUUGGGUUUUCUUUUCCCUCAUUGUGUUAGAGGUGUUUUCACUGAACAAGGUCAACUGGUUACCUCAGUAUUAUAGCCAAUAUAGUCCAAGGGACCAUUUCUCCCCAAGUCUGUGUUGUACUUUAUCCUGUGAAAUCUAUGUCUUUGUGACUCUCCAAGCUGUGGGUGAAGUGGGCUGAGUGCACUUGCUUCCUGUGGCAAUAAAGAUUUUCUGUGCCUCCCA